GGAGGGAGGGGAAGCCCUGGCUCAGCUGAAGCCGCCCACCCAGGCGGCCUCGGCCCCAGCCGAGUUUCCCCGAGCGGCGUUCCGAUUCUGCGAACUUUCCACCAAGCCUUCGCCCUCGGAUUGCCGGUGUGGAUAGAAGAAGGGGCCUCGGGGCCCCGGGCCGGAAGGCACCGAAGAUGCUGGCCCGGGAUGCGGGAGAGCGGGCAGAGGAGGGCGGGGGGAGGGGCAGCGCCGGGUAGGCGUCCGCGGCUGCUGCUCGCUCGGGAUCCCGGGAGCGGAGGGAGCUGCGCCGACUCCACGGCGUCCUUGGAACUGUGUGAAUUCCAUCCCCACUUGCUGAGUGCAGAGCUGGACCCCGUGGGCUGAAGGAGCAGUGGAAGCAGCCCUGCAGACCCCUGACCCGGACCCCCAGGACACACGGCUCUUCCCAGCUUUGGCGGCCCAGAUGAUGGGUAUCACUUGGGGUCCUGUCUUCCCUGGAGAUCCCAGCAGCCACUGAGGCUGAGCACGGUGACUUGCAGGAGGCUCAUGGAGAUUUCCUUCCUCAGGGGUCCCUGCCCACCAGCCCCAGUCCAGGACCUCCUUGAUCUCCAGCCCACUGGGCCCCCCAGGAGAACCAGCUUCUGCCACCUCAGCUGCUGCAUACCCAGGUGCAGCCUGGCUUCCUGAUCUGUCUCAGACUGGGGACAGGGCUUAGGCUUUCUCAGAAGACGUGCCAGGACCUUUAAAGCCCCACUCCCACCCCACCCCCCCACAUCAAGAAGAAGCAUCUUGCAGGCAUGGGUGGCAAGGGCACCAGAGACCUGCAGGGGCCCUCCCAGGACCUGCCAGCAGCUGUGCCAGCCCCAGCCUUGUCCCCCUCUUUUCUCUGGGUUUGACCUUCCUUUCAGACCCUGAGGGAUCUCAGCUGGGUUCUCAGAUCCCUGUGCUCCCAAAGGUGCCUUCCUGUGGCUCUUAGGAAGCCCUGGCACUAGGGGGACCCUGGAGAGGCUGGCACCAUGGGACCACGUGGGCAGAAGCCCCACCUUCAGGAUUGUGGCCUGUGAUGCGGCUGCUACCUUCCAGGGCCCUGACUCAACUGCGUGCACAGAGUCUGCUGGGCACCCUUCAGCCCUGCCAGUGCCAGCUUCCCAAGAUGGGCGAGGCCUGGGCCCAGCUCCCCUGGCCUGGGCCCUGCCACCCAGCCAUGCUGCUGCUCUCCCUCCUCCUGGCAGCAGGGGUGCUCCCCUCGAAUGGGGGUGCCAGCUGCCCGGUCCUGUGCACCUGCCAUCACCAGGUGGUAGACUGCAGCAGCCAGCGGCUGUUCUCUGUGCCCCCCGACCUGCCAACAGACACACGCAACCUCAGCCUGGCACACAACCGCAUCACCGCCGUGCCGCCCGGCUACCUCACCUGCUACCUGGAGCUCCACGUGCUGGACCUGCGUAACAACUCCCUGGUGGAGCUGCCCCCGGGCCUCUUCCUCCACGCCAAGCGCCUGGCGCACCUGGACCUCAGCUACAACAACCUGAGCCACGUGCCGGCUGACAUGUUCCAGGCAGCCCACGGGCUGGUACGCAUUGACCUGAGCCACAACCCCUGGCUGCGCAGGGUGCACCCACAGGCCUUCCAAGGCCUGGUGCAGCUCCAGGACCUGGACCUUAGCUACGGGGGCCUGGCUUUCCUCAGUCUCGAGGCCCUCGAAGGCCUGCCUGGCCUGGUGACGCUGCAGAUCGGGGGCAAUCCCUGGGUGUGUGGCUGCUCCAUGGAGCCCCUGCUCAAGUGGCUUCGGAACAGAAUCCAGCGCUGCACAGCAGAUUCCCAGCUGGCUGAGUGUCGGGGCCCCCCUGAAGUCGAGGGCGCCCCCCUCUUCUCGCUCACAGAGGAGAGCUUCAAAGCCUGCCACCUGACACUGACGCUGGACGAUUAUCUCUUCAUCGCCUUCGUGGGCUUCGUGGUCUCCAUUGCUUCAGUGGCCACCAACUUCCUGCUGGGCAUCACGGCCAACUGCUGCCACCGCUGGAGCAAGGCCAGCGAGGAGGAGGAGAUCUGAUGGAGGAGCUCGGCACCCCGGCCACCCGCCCAGCCACCUGCUCGGGUUCCAGGGUGCCCCAGCCACCUCCACGGCGGGUCAAAAGUGGUCAGGACGCUCACAUAGUGUGAGCCCCUGUCCGCUGGGUGGGACACUGUACUGGGAGCUAGGAGCCUGAGGGGAAUCCACGCCGUUUCUGCCCUCGAGGUGCUACUUCCGGCAGAGGAGGGAGAUUUGAAGUGGCCACAGACAGGGCACGAAGGGCAGGGACCUCACAAUCCGAGAAGAGUGACAAGCGUAGAGUGACAUGUGGGCUGGGCCAGGAGAGGCCGCUGGCUGGGGACAGUGGCUGUGGAGGGCGUGGCCUGGAACCUAACUGCCCCUCCACCCACGGAGCAAUGCCCCAGGGGUGAUAAGGCCACCAAUCCAGCUGCUUGGCCUCCUCCCAGCAGCCACUGCCCAGGAAUAUGGCCUCCUGGGCAGCGCCCAUCCUCUGCCACUCCCACCUGCCUUGGGGUCUCCCCAAGGAGCCAUGCUGGGGGACACAGUCCCUCAGCACCACAUUGUCCGAGGCUGGAGCAGCACGACUUCUUCACAGCAGUUCAUGCUGUCAGGAUAAAGGCCAGUGAGCUGCUGUCCCUGAGCUUCUCCUCUGGACAGUCUCCUCCCUCACUUGGUCUCCAGAGGGGAGCAGCGCUGCUCCGGCUUCUCAGAUGAGGAUGGUCAGCUCAGAGGCUGAGGUCCCUGCUGCUUCAGGAUGAGAGGAAGCCCAGUCCCUUUGCUAAGGAACCUCGAGGCCCCGCUACAGCUAUGUACAUUCAAACCUCAGCUGUGCCGAUGACGGCCAGUUAGGGCCGGGCGCCACUCCGGGAAGUUCUGCAGCCUUUGACUCAAUACCAUGGAUUCUUACAACACUGCCGGAGGUUUCCAUGACCCCUGCUUUACCAAUGACUUAGUGGCAGCGAGCUGAGUACCAUGCCCCAGCUCAUCAGGGUGAACCUCCAAGAAGGGCAUAGGCAACCCCAUUCAGGGAAACCACGUCGAAUCUGUCGGUCUGCAGACCACGAGAUGCACAAAGCACAAUUCCUGCCAUCAUAGCUGUCAUCUUCAUGGCCAUUAUCACUGUCCCUGUGCUGCUCAGUGCUGGGUGGACCAGGAAGGCUUUUGUGUCCCUCUGCCUGCCUUCUCACUACCUUACGUGGGAAGCAGACAGGACAGCAGCUACCUGAUAUGAAGUCUGCCUCGCCUGUGCGGCCAGGUUGGGCUCAACUCUAGCACAGGGCUCUUGGUUGAGCAGGGAGGACCAAGGAUUCAGUACUCACAUACCUGCUCCCUGAGGAUAGUAAAAUGCUGUGCCCACAUCAAGAGGAGCACGCUGUGGGGCAACCUGGAUUUUAUGAGGUGUGACUGUGGUCAGGACUUAAACAUCUAAUUUAUUACAGCAAAAAACACAACCAUGCAUUGCCCUCGAGAUGCUCCAGUGUGCUUCAAACACACCUAUCCUUCAUCCUGGCAACCUUCAUCCUGGCCACCUUCCGGAGCAGCUCUAGAAGUCUGCUCUCGUGUCUCUAGUUACGCUGUGUUGGCGGCCUCAGCAUACUGAAUCUACUGGAAAAUGCUCCCUUCUCAUGGUCAUUUAGACUUAGGUGAAGAGCCAGAAACCCCACGGGGGUCAAUCUGGUGAAUAGGAGAAGAGGACACACCACCGUGACUGUAGGAGCCUGCCUUGCCAGUGGAUGGUGCUCCUCAACAGCAUGCACUGGAUCUUUUAUCGCACCUCGUACAGACCCUUUUGCAGGGCUAGGGUAGGCAUUGAGGCAAAGUCUCGCGCAUCAGCAAGGCUGGGCAGCAUAAGAAUGAGAACAGCGGCCUUCUUUCUUACCCUGACCCCCAAAGGCUUCCACCAUCCUGUGCUUCCAUAGCACAGAAAUCAAUGAACAAGAAGAUGUUAUCAUCAAACAACCCCCCACACACAAUCUGCCCUGAGCCAAUCCAUUAAAAAUAUCCCCCAGAAAUUUAACUUUGCCUCCCCUGACUUGGGGCCAGGGCUCUGCUCCUGUGACAUGCGGGGCAGGUCUGCUUCAUCCACUGUCCACUGUCCUCCUGCUAUGGUCAAGGAUGGCAGACUCAAGCUGUUCUCUAUCAGACAGGAACUUUUAGAAAUAAUAGUCCAAACAAAAUAGUUAAGCUUCUGCUAGACGAACACCAUGUUCAUCUAUAAUACGCUCCCAGGGAUUAUUGUUUUGCUGAAAUAGAUGAUACAUUUUAAGACAUGUACUUUCUUCCCUGUUUUUUUUUUUUUUUUUUUUUUUUUUUUCAUAGAGCUAGAAGCAGACAAGAUAACAAAUGCCCUUGAGAUCAAAUGUCCUUUCUGGGGGAUGAUUUGCUCUCUGCUAAAUGGUGAAGGUUUCUGAGAUUCGUGCUUCUCUUGCUGCUAGAAAGUCUUUGGUUAAAACUAAAGCACAGUUAGGGGAAUUAUUAGCCUUCCCUACUGACAAGGAACUCCUCACCACCACCGCCACCAAAGUCUUCAGUCUGUCAGAACUAAACUUCUAGAAGCAAUCUAGCACUCGUGGGAACCACAGGGCCAUAUUGGUGUCUUCAUGGGGCUUCACUGUGUGUGUUUCCCCCUGGCUGACGUGUGUGGGAUGGGGUACCACUGGGUCCAUGUGUGUCUCCAGGGUUCCAUUUCUGUGGAUUAUCUGCUGGUGUGAUGCACAGAGAGAGCAGACUACCCAGAGAGGGGUGGUCUGGUUACUCAGAAAAUAUAAAAAGAAGAACUCUGCAGUGCCUCAGGAGGACCUGCCCCUUUCUUGUCUCCCUCCAUCCUCUUCUUCCUCUCCGGGACUUGUCCUCAUCACAGAAGUUUCCUUCGUGCUGCACCGAAGAUACGGAACCUUCUCCAGCCAGCAGGGCUGUGGUGGUCAGGGUCUACCGAGGAACUGCUCUGUAGGGAGGCCCCCAUCUGGACCACGCGCUCUGGGCAAGUUGCCUCUGGUUGCCCUCAACAGUCUCAUCUCUUUCCAUAUUUAGCUGGGCAGCAUUUACAGGAUUCCCAGGGAGCCUGCAGAUACAGGUCCCCAGAAAUAUUUGAGAAUUCCACAGCCCCUUUCAAGGACUCAGACAUAUGGGACUUAAACAGACCAAGACAGGUAUUUUGCUUCAACUGUCAGAGAAAUCACAGCCUCCAUUUCUCCAUGGAGUUCCCUCCUACCUUUCAGUGCAGCGGUAGAUGAGCAUCAGGAGCUAGCAAGCUUUGUUCAGUCCUCAAAGGGAUAUCAUCUGAAGCUAGAGAAGUUGGUCUGCUCUCCCCCAUCCCAGAAGAAGAAGGCAAAAGGGAAGCCAGAGAGGCAGGUCGAGAAGUCCUCACGUAAACCACCGUUAUGUCUGCCAGAGCACCCAUCGGAGAGCCAGAUCCAAAGAGCUCUUGGUUUUUCUAAGCACCUUCCUGCCAAGCACUGCUGUCUGGUGGUGGGAGGGGUUGGGGAGGGGGGGCUCAAGGGAAGAUGUCAACCUUUGUAUGGAGCUGAUUUUAUAACCAUGCACUUUUGUAACUGUGAAGAAUUUUUCAUAAAUGUACAUUAAUAAUAAAGAGUUAUAGUUUAAUAAAUUUUCUUAAGAGUUGUGAAGAGGAGGUAGUGAGAAGGAGGGGGAAAAAAAGAGAGAGACAGAAAGGAACUAGGCGGAACCAAAAGAGAAUGUGCCAAAAUAUACACAUAAAAGGUCUAUGGGGAGGGAGGAGAUGGGAAUAAUUAGGAGAUGUGCCAGCCGUGGAGGGUAUGUGUGGGAGAAGAAGAAACAUCAGAGGAGCCUUUUUCUACCAGGCAAAGAAGAAUAUGCGUGUCUAUAUGCACAUACCCCUGUGUGUAGGCAUAUUUGGUAUCUGAAAUUACCCAAAGACGAGAACAUAUGUUUUGUACAUGUUGGUGUUUGCAGUUUGUGUCAUCCAUAAAACAUGCCAAGGCAAGUGGGUAUACCCACCUAAUUAGCAUCCUUGGGAGUAUGUGCCAGGGAGGUGGCCAAAAAAAAGCCAUUAACUGAGGUAGACAUGUAAAACAGGUGUCUAAAUGAACGAUGUGGAGGAUGGACAUGGCCACUGCUGAUACAAAUUUAAUUCCUAUUUUCAAAGGUUAAUAAAGAAGUGAAAGAAUUCUGAA